AUGAUUGGGGGGGGGGGCAAUCCUAGUCACAUCUCUAUUCCAGGACCCAGCGCUUCUAAAGGGGAGCUACUAGAGACACUUAGAGUGCUGCAGGUUCAAAUGCAGCGGCUUCAGGAAGAGAAUAGGUCUAUCAAAGAAGAAAACAAGACUUUACAUGCUGAGAAGCCCAAACAAAAAUGGUGUGCGGACACUCAGCAUGAACUUAGCGCACAUGAAGAUAUCAUCACCAUCUAUGCCCGUAAGUAUGGCAUGAUGGUCGAGAUGUUUCCUAGUGGCAAUCUUCUCAACUCAAAGCUUCCAGAAUCUCCGACUCUAUUCAAUAGUCCUGACCAAUAUAUGACUGCAGCAACACAGGACUCUGCCUUCUUAGACGAGCUUUACCAACACUUCCCUGAAUCAUUGCACAAGAUGAUGGAAAGUUCUUAUUUCAGUGAUCUGGUACUGAAAAGUAUUCCUGAUGCCCAUGCAAACAAAAUCAAGAAACUUUGUGGUGUUGCUGGUGAUAUCUUUGACCUUCCGUCAAAGUAUUUCACCAAUCCCGGCUUCGAGAGAGCUGCUAUCCCUGAAAUACAACAGCUCCUUGGGGUGACAUCUGCUACAAACCAGACAUACAAGCCUUUUCUGCCAGUGUUGUUUCCAGGAUUGAAGGAAGACAAAUCAUUGAAGAUGGUGUUCAGAAACUGGGAGCUAUUAGCACGAAUUCUCAAAGCUUCGUUGUGUGGUGUUUCCUCACUCCACCAAGGCUCAAGUGGUGGUGGUGCACAUACCAACUCUCUUAAGUGGAGUGUCUGCCAAAUCACACCAGGAUCAAUUGCAUUGGCAGUAGUUAUUGACACCGAGUUCUCAAGCUCUGGCCUUGGGAAGAAGUCGAAUAUCAAUUAUAAGAAUCUGUUCUACAACUACAAGAAGAUUCUCAUUGUGAAAUGGUCAACGAGGCGCAUCCUAUCCAUUGUUGCUAAUAUCAAUUGCUAUGUCUUCAAGGCCGCAAAAGGACCCACCAUCAAUUCAGCUGAACAAGAAGAUCAUACAGAUGCCAUCGAUCGUGCACUAGCAGCACUGGACAUGUCCGAUAGUGAUUCAGAUGAUCAAUCCAACCUUUUGGCUCUGACAUCUGCAACACUUCCAGUUGCUGAUCCAGCUGCUGCCACCCUAAGCACCACUGUGAGGAAUUCCCAACCUGAAGCACUACCAGAGGCUACCGAUGUCGAUCUACAUGUUGCUGAGGUGAUGCAGGAUGCAGGAGGUAGCGCUAGUGGACAAGGACAGAUGAAAACUAGGGGGAGGAAGGCUGCACCAGCUCCCGAAGCAACUUCUUGCACAACUUGUCGGUCUUGCAAAUGA